UUGAGCUGUAAAACUGUAAAGCUGAUAACGUCAUUUUAUUGCCAUUUUUGAGUUUUAGGGUUUAUGGCAUUUGUGUUGUAGGUCAUGGAUAUAGCUUUACAAAUUUUUAUCUUUCCCUAUUCCUUGCAAUACUAAACUUGUUGCUUAUCUUGUGGACAUAAUGUUGAAACCAAUUCCAAAUUGAGCUCAUUCAUUUGCUUUUUUUUUUUAUGCACUUUUACACUUUUGUUGUAAUCAACAUUAGACCACGGUCCUGUACCAUGAAGUUGGAUUAGGUGGCUAGCCAGCUAUGUUUCAGCUUAGUUUCCGCCAACCCUGGGUUUUAGGUACUAUGAAAGUAGCUCGGCUUUAAUCGGUGUUCGUUGCCAUGGUAUCUUACGCUGCACGGCUAACCUGCUCCGGGGCAGGUUAUGUUCUGGAUUCAAGAUCUCAAACUGAAGCUGAACCAAUCAGAUGUGAGAGAAGUGACACAUGUCUGACACAAAGUCACUCCAGUUUAUCUUGCUCCAAAUUAAAGGUCACUUAUGCUUAAAAGAAAAAAAAAAAUAGAAGUCUGGCUUUAAUGAUGAUAACUGAGUCAUUUUAUGAUUUAUUUAAUUAUUGUGAUUCAUAUUAUUAUUUAUCUCUUACACACAAGCAAUUUUAGUUUAACAGUUAUUAUAAAUUAUUUUAAAUAAAUAUUAAUGUAUACAAAUCAUGUUAUAUAAAUAAGCUGUAGUAUCAAAAGAUUGCACUAUUUUAAAAAUUACAAAUCUGAACUUACAUGUUCAAGUCUCUAUCACUAUAUAUUUUCAAAUGUAUAAACUAAGUUAACAAGUUCCACUUGUGACUACACUGAUGGAGCAUGAUCAUUUAUUUUAUUAGUCCUCCUUCAUUUUUCAUAUGACAUUUAAAUUUGUCGUAUUCUUCAAUCUCUUAACCUUUAGCAAAACCUUUAACCUGUAGUUUUGAAUCUCGCUGGGUCUCUCAUGAGAAGUAAUAAAUCAAACUAACUUUGUGUUGCAAGGCUCGUGAUUGGCUGUUAGCCAGUGAUGUCACACAUUCAUGUGCACGCGCUUCACAAACUCAGGAUCAAAGCCUGAAUUUACAAAAAAAGUUGAUGAACAGCAUCAUGGUACCAACAAUUGGAGAGGUUUGGUUUUGUCAACUCAAAACUAAUCCUGUAACUCUGAAUUUGUUCAGCUACCAUCAUGGUACAGGCCCCACAAACACUAUAGACUGAGUUUGUGCUGAACUGUUUAUAGUAUAAGGUAUAAGGAAUUAUCUGUGUGUACACUAUUGCAUUAGACCUCCUGAACAUCCCACUAAGCAUGUUAUAUCAAAGCUGACCUUUCAGUUCUCUCCUGUCCUAUGCAUUCUCUAUUUGUUUGGAGGACUGUGCCACUGCUCCAGAAAAAGCUUGGUUGUUUAUUUUUUUACUUUAUUUUUAUUUUUUGACAUGACAUGCAAAUAACAAUGUGAAUACACCAUUCAGGUCUCAUUUAAAUGACAGUAAUUGCUAAAUAGAAGCACUUGAUAGUAUUAUAUAAGCUGCCUUAUAUUUUGGUGUUUAGCCUACACUUCCAAAUUACUAUAACGUACAAUGUAAUACAAUGUAAUGUCUUAAUUACAUAAGAUUUCAAUUCCUCAGUUAACUCGCUUAGGUCUUAAGGGGAAAUGUUUUUUUGUUUUUUAGUUGUAAAAGUAGCUUUAAGCCAUGCUUAAAGAUUUCAGUAAUUAUUUAGCAGUAGAUUACUUAUUUUUACUGUUUAUCACGUGCUGCUCUCUUUUUUUUUCUUUCUCUCUGCAAAAUUUGUAUGCAUUAGUAGUGCAUCUUAAUCUAAUUGGAAAUAGUCUUGGUUAUUUAGCCUACUACUGAGAGGACAAAAGCUGAAGAAAAUGCGUUUUUUUUAAUCUGUCAUUAAGAAACGCUUUUAACGUUGCAGUGAGGUAAAUAUACACAUACAUUUUUUUUUUUUUUUUAGAUAACGAGUUGAACCCAAGUAAAGCUUAUUGGAAUAUAGUCUGCUUCUGUUCAGUAGUGUCUACUUUGUGUCAUUCUGUCUUUCCAUUCCCGACGUUCAGAAUUACACUUCCGAAAAUGAUCAGCUCAUGAAUGUUAAUUAAGUCACUCCGAGGCUACAUUGGUAACUUUCCACCAGCGUCCGUCUACGUAAGCUAAUUAAUAUUCAUAAACCAAGCCUUUCCGACCAGUAGCCCCUCACUGCAGAACACAAGCCGGACAGUGCGCUCGGAGCCACGCCCCUCCCCCCAACGCAUGGAUGUUUCUGUCCAGCAUCUCUGAGCGCUGACCACAGGAGGGAUUUGACCUCGCUGCACAAGAGGACGACACACACAUCUUGCUUGCAAUAUACUUAGUAAAGACCUAGAAUUAUUCAACCUGACCAUGGCAAACCGAGGACCCAGUUAUGGACUGAGCCGCGAGGUGCAGGAGAAGAUCGAGCAGAAGUAUGACCCAGAGCUGGAGUCUCGACUGGUGGACUGGAUUGUCACUCAGUGUGGAGGAAAUCUAGAGAAACCCCAGCCGGGGAAGCAAAACUUUCAGAACUGGCUAGUGGAUGGCACUAUCCUCUGUAGACUCAUUAACAGUUUGUAUCCGUGUGGAAAGGAGCCUAUAAAGAAGAUCCCAGAGACUCCGGUGGCCUUUAAGCAGAUGGAAAAGAUCUCCCAGUUCCUGCAGGCAGCUGAAGCUUACGGAGUAAUAACCACAGACAUUUUUCAGACAGUGGACUUGUGGGAAGGAAAAGACAUGGCAGCCGUCCAGAGAACUCUAAUGGCCCUGGGUAGCGUCGCUCUCACAAAAGACGAUGGACAUUACCGAGGUAACCGGGACUGGUUUCACAGGAAAUCUCAAGGCAACCGGCGAGAGUUUUCUGAGGAGCAGUUGCGACAGGGUCAGAAUCUGAUUGGCUUACAGAUGGGCAGUAACCGUGGGGCAUCUCAGGCUGGCAUGACUGGUUACGGCAUGCAUCGGCAGAUCAUGUAAAACUAUACUAGUGCCCAGCAACUUACCUAAAACACCCAGAAGACCUUAAACCCCUUCCUUCCAGCCCUCACCAUGCAGUGUUCUUGGACGGUGCAUCUAUUCGAUGAAGAAGAGCAGUCUUAGUAAAGUAAAAAACUGAAGUAUAGAGGUUUUAAGAUAAUAGAGCAUGCCAGAUAUAUCUAUUUUAAGUUUGGUUUGCUCAGCUUGUGAUAAUAUUAAUUUAUUUAUUUGUAAAUGUAUGCAAAGUGAUAGUAAUUCUUAUAGUUUUAUCCAAGAAAGUCAAAACAACUGCCUUAUUCUCUAUGAGUGAACAGUGUGUUGAUAUACCAAAUUACAGACAACUAUAAUUACAGACAGCAACUAUAACAGUCUACUAGUUUACAUAGUGUUUGAAUGUACAAGUGAAGGACAAAGUUUGCCCUUCCAGAUGCUUUAUUGCACCUGUUGUUAUUGUGAACAGUUCCUUUGCUGUUUUAAUAGCAAAAAUUAGAAAGUAUAGGAUGUCAAUGCACAUACCUACCAGAAAGACUGUAUGCAGAUUAAUAUUUUCAUUUGUUUUAUCGUUUUUGUGUGUGAAUAUUCCAUGUCCGUUUCAAAAUAAGCUUGAUUUUGGUGACCAUGUUUGAUGUAAAUGUUUAAUAAAUUGGUACAUGAA